CAUAUUUACAUCAUAAUCAUAUACUGUAUAUCUACUAUUACAAAAUGAAUUUGAUAUCAAUUUUUUCCGUGAUAUCAAUCUCGUUACUGCUAGUUGCAAAGGCACAGGAACAACCGAAUGAUCAAGUGUGCCCAUUUGGAGCAUAUACGAAGGAAGCCCCAUCUCAAGAAAAUAACUUAAAGGCAUGCAAAGAGUAUCAAUGUAACAGUUGUUGUACAGAAGAAUUGACAGAACAACUGGUAUUAGUUCCUCUGCAAAUGGUCGGUAUACUCAACUAUAGCCAAUGUGAUGGAGGAUUGUCCACAGCAUGUUCAAAUUAUAUGUCUUACAUUCAAUGCUACUAUCAAUGUUCGCCAAAUUUAUACCCAUGGCUUCACAGAGUGACAAGACGUUUGGAAAAUUUGCCUAUAUGCGCCAGUUUUUGUGGUGAUUGGUACGAAGCAUGUAAGGAUGAUCGAACUUGCGUUGACGAGACAGACUGGUUGAGAGGCUUCCAGAAAGUCCAAGUCGGAGAUGACCCGAAAGAUAUCACUUUGCAGUGUAAAACAGGACAGCCUUGCCGGAAAUAUUCCGAAGUAUACGAGAAUGCGCAAAAAUUUUGUACGGAGAUGUGGCCAGGUGUAACAAUGUAUCAAACUGACGAAAGUAGCUGCGUUAUUCCUGGAGACCAAGGCCACAAUAAAAAUGUUGUGAAAGCAGUAGAAGGAGAAGAUGCCCCUUUCUCGACAUGUGAAUCUGUUCAUUAUACUGAUACUGGAAUGAUCGUCGGAAUAGUGGUUGGAGUUAUAGCAGGAGCCGCAAUGCUGACUGCACUGGUUAUUUUCAUCAUAAGAACUAAAGAAGCUAAAAAACAUAAGGCCAAGGGUGGAUCACAACCGAAGCCAAAAGAAAUGGAAGAACUGAAUCCUGCAACACUUGAAUAAAAUUACGAAUAUACAUAUUGGAUGUAAGAAAACAUAUGUGACAAACAUGAAACAUUGUUACUUUGAAUAGCUGGUCGCCCAUGGGCUCACAAUGAUGCUAAAAAUUUGUCACAUUUAUGUUAGAAUGUUUAUUCUCUUUUGCAAUCUUAUUAUAAACUUUUGCACUGAAAAUCCCUUCUGAUCAUGUUUGAAAAACUUUUGAAAAUACUCCAAUAAUAAAGAAAGAAUUAUUAUUGCUGAUUGCCAGCAUGUACGGUAAUAUCUGUCUCAAUUAAAUUUGUUCGCCCUCUGAUAAGAAAGCUCAAUGGCGUUAGGUGUGCGAAUCCAUGUGCUUUUUACAUUAUAUUCAUCAAAAACUAUGUUUCUUUUUCACAUACCUAAUAAAAAUAAAGACAAAUUAGAUUGAACAACGUUUAGUCAUCAAUGUAUUGAACAAGAUGACACCGACUGUUGGGAAAAAAAUGCUUGCUUUAAUGCUGCAAUCUUUUGAUAUAAUUUUGAAUAAAUUAUCUUCUAUAAUCAAAGGAGUACAGGAUCUCGUUUUUAAUU